AUGCGUGUAUGCAUUUACGGGACAUCAUCCAGGAAGAAGGGUCUGAAUAUGACCCUGAACCUGAACCUGAACCUGAACCUGAACCUGAACCUGAACCUGAACCUGAACCUGAACCUGAACCUGAACCCGAACCCGAAUCCUUGUCCCAUGGUACCCGGCCAGCGAAGACUUGCAGCUACCUACCUCACCAACCUCAUUCUACGGACCUCGGGAUUGCGAACGUCGGUUGAGGACACGGAGAGUGAAAGAUGGAGAGAUGCCUACCUACCUGCCUACCUGAGACUGGUUUCAAACCCUUUUGCGACGGUCACCUAG